AAAAAAGUUCUCUGCCCAAGACUGCAUCCUUUUCCUGUUUCUGGGUUCCCUUUUGUGUCCUCUUGAAGCUUAACACAAAUGAAUUUAUCAACCAUAAAUGGCAUGACUUGCCAGCGGCUUCAUUACAUCGUCGCUUCAAAGUAUCCACAAAGAUCAAUUCUUUCUCAUGGGAACUAUAAGAAGCAUAGCGAAAUGCCAAUGAAAUGUACGAGUGAAGUGGGCGCCACUGACAAACUUAAACUCACUACAUUUGUUACAGCAGCAAAUUUGGUCACUUCCCAAGCUGCGAAUGCUUUGAGCAAUGAAAGUUUCAUGGAGGCGCCUACUUCUCUUUUUAUUUUGGCUGAUGGAAACAUUACAGAUUGGUUUGGAAGCCUUUUAUAUUCGGCUGGACAACAAGCAAAUGAAGCUGUUCUAGACCAGUUGUCUGCCCUCAGUUUUACUAGUUUGGCUGUCAUUUUUGGUGCCGGACUCGUUACCAGCCUUUCUCCUUGUACACUCAGUGUUUUGCCACUGACUCUUGGUUAUAUUGGGGCUUAUGGUUCAGGAAGAAGCAGAGCAGCAAUUGUUGGGGAUUCUCUUGCAUUUGCCCUUGGAUUGGCAACUACAUUGGCAUUGCUUGGAAUAGCAGCCUCAUUUGCUGGAAAAGCAUAUGGUCAGAUAGGCCAAGGCUUGCCAUUGGCUGCUUCUUGUCUAGCAAUUGUCAUGGGUUUUAAUCUCUUAGAGAUAAUAGAGAUUCAGCUUCCCUCAUUUUUUAACAACUUUGAUCCCCGUGCUGCCGCAGCUAAUUUUCCUUCAAGUGUGCAGGCAUAUUUGGCCGGGCUUACAUUUGCUUUAGCAGCAUCACCUUGCAGUACACCUGUCCUGGCCACCUUGCUCGGAUAUGUUGCUGCUUCCAGGGAUACAGUAGUUGGGGGCAGUUUACUUCUUGCUUAUACCACUGGCUAUGUUACUCCUCUGCUUCUUGCUGCUUCUUUUGCUGGAGCAUUGCAGAGCUUGCUUUCUUUUCGCAAGUUUUCAGCGUGGAUUAACCCAAUGAGGUAAUCACUUGAGAGUGAAUGCUACUUGACAUGUAGUUGUAUACAUAUCACUUAAGCUUUAUCUAUCUGUAUCUUUGUCUUCUGAUGCUCAUGAUC